AUGAAAGUGUUGUCAAGUUUGGGUAUUCUUGAUGAAGAAGAGUUGCCUGAAGAGACGAUAAUGCAAUCUGUAGAAGGGAGUAAUGAAGGAGAAGCAAAUAUAGUAGAUGUGAGCAGUAUGUCUGCAGAAGUUGAUGAUCAGAUAAAUCAGACUAUCAAUGAAAGUGAUGUAGAAGAUGACGGAAUAAAUAUAAUACAAAAUGUUGAAGAUGAGAUGAAUGGUGAAAUCGAUGAUAGUGGAGACAAUUCUGGAGAACUAGAACAUCGAGUUGAUGAGGCAAGGCGAGAUCAUACUAUUCUUCGUGAACUGGCUAUCCAACAGGUUCAACGAAAUGCGAAUCUUAUGGAAAACCUUGCACAUAAAAGGAAUAAAAAACGACAGUUAGUAUUUGGCAUCGGAGAGAGUGUACGAAUCCUAAUCCCUAGAAUAGACCGAACAGGCAUAGACCAAAGAUCACUCCCAUGUAAAGUCCUGGAGGUUCUGGAAGGGGGCUUCUACCGCCUUGGGUGUGCUCAUGGAGUGUUAAACAGCUGCUAUCAACCAUGCAAUAUGGAGAGUAUCAGUGGUAACUUCACUGAACUUGACAAUAUACCAAAUAACAGAAUAUCACUGACAGAAGCAGCAAGACUUCAAAGUUCAGCAGUAAUACAGGGUUCA